AUAUAACCUCUGUUUCAAUCAUUCUCAUCUCUCACAUAAGGAAGCGAGAGAUACUAAGGCUCGAGCUCGAAAAUGGUUCAGCGUCUUACGUACCGGAAGCGGCAUAGUUAUGCCACCAAAUCCAACCAAACACGGGUCGUCAAAACCCCAGGUGGGAAGCUCGUUUUCCAGAACACCAAGAAGAGAGCCAGUGGGCCUAAGUGUCCUGUUACCGGAAAGAGAAUCCAAGGGAUUCCUCACUUGAGACCUGCUGAAUACAAGAGGUCUAGAUUAUCCAGGAACAGGAGGACAGUGAAUCGUGCUUAUGGUGGGGUACUGUCUGGAAGUGCCGUACGGGAGAGAAUAAUUCGAGCCUUCUUAGUGGAAGAACAAAAGAUUGUGAAGAAGGUGUUGAAGAUCCAAAAGGCGAAAGAAAAGCAAGCCAUGAAGAGCUGAACCGGGAAUUGAAGGGUUUUUAUGAUUUUGUUAUUAAUGUGGUUUUGCUUAUUAGUUUUCAGAGUUUGGACAACUGUGAUUACUGGUACCAUUUCGAUAGCGAAUCUGUUCACUAGUUUUGUAUUUUGAGUAUUAUUUUUUUGGAUAUCGAGAAGAACAAGAUCAACUCUUAUAAUGUUAGAAUAGUAAUUUAGUUUCGUUUCUUGCUGUUUGAUCUCUUAA